CGAUGGUCUAAUAUCUAAAGUCUAAGCCUAUCGACGACAAGCUGUGGAUGUAGAUGUGGAUGCUUUAAACAUCAGCACUUCGUACAUUCGUAAUACUAUUCUCCGUCCGAUACGAACCGGCAGGGGCACCGCUCAUCCGCCGCCGCACCGCCCCCCCUUGAUAUACCAACACUCCGUUUCCCACUUGAGUAAUUAACUUAACAUAUAGUUAACUUCCCCAUUGCCGCUCCGCUUUUCCCUUCUCGGCUUUUCGUCGUGACCAUGAAUAACGAUCUUAGUCUUUCGAGGGCUUUGGGCGGCCUACGCAUUGCAAACCCUGAUGAUGCCGAAUCGAGCCCUUCUCUAGACGUUGACGAGGACGCUAAUGCACCUACGUCAAGCCAGCCCAUUUCCGAUCUUCGCCUGCCCGACCCCGACCUGCACACCACACAACCCAGGCCGCAGACGACAGAAAUCUCAAUGGGCAUCUCCGGUACACCACCCGACCCCCAAAGCCAAGUAGCCGCAUAUGCACAAAAUGGUGCUUUGCAAUAUGCGAACCUUUCCUCUUCCCGCCCUACCUCUGCCUUAUAUGCCGCCACGACGGCUGCAGAACGCGACCAAGCCGCGAACUCCUAUCACAUCCUGAGAACCGAGCCCUCUAGGACACCUAUGUAUAAUAUGCCGGGUAAGAUCGAGUCGAGGGCGCCGUCGGAAUAUGCGCCGAGUAUCCCUUCUCGAGAAUCGAGCCAUCGCGAGCGAUCGUACAACCAGAACCGCCAGCUCCAGGCCGUGGCUGGAAGCGGCCCUUUACCCCCUAGGAGGAGCUCGAAGGGCAUGGGUGGUGGAUAUGCUUCGAUUCCCGGCGUCCCGGUCGUCCCUGAACCUCGCGGGCUUGUAACGGAUAUGGCUGUGUCCCAGAGCAGCGAAGAGUGGAAAGACAAGGGAGCAGCCGUAUCGAUACGAAAGGAAAUAGACGCCAAUGGAAAAACUGUUAUGAGGCCGGUGAAGAAAGGUGUCCGAGAUUUCUCUUUCGGUCGGAUUCUAGGUGAAGGCUCGUACAGCACGGUAUAUUUUGCUACGGAUCGGCAAACAUUAAAAGAGUACGCAAUAAAGGUCCUGGAGAAGAAGCAUAUUAUCAAAGAGAGGAAGAUAAAAUACGUCAAUAUUGAAAAGGAUACCCUCAACCGUCUUACAGAACACCCUGGCAUCGUACGACUAUACUAUACCUUUCAGGACGAGAACUCGCUGUAUUAUGUUUUGGAUCUCUGCAACGGCGGCGAGCUUCUCGGCGUUUUGAAAAAGACGGGUACCUUCGACGUUGAAUGCGCGAGGUUCUUCGGCGCCCAGAUUCUGGACGCUAUCGAAUAUAUGCACUCUCGUGGAGUAAUCCAUAGAGAUUUGAAGCCCGAGAAUGUGCUUCUAGAUGAUCAGUUACAUGUCAAGAUCACCGACUUCGGCACCGCGCGAUUAUUAAGCGAUCCCAGAGCGCCACAGAACGCCCCCAGGCUCGAGGAUACAGGAACUAGUUCCAGGGGUAAAGAUUUCGAUGAUGACAGUCGAGCGGCGUCCUUCGUAGGCACCGCCGAAUACGUCAGCCCCGAACUUCUUACUAACAAGAAUGCCUGUAAAGCUAGCGAUCUGUGGGCCUUUGGUUGCAUUAUUUACCAACUGCUAGCUGGCCGACCUCCCUUUAAGGCUGGCUCCGAAUACUUGACUUUCCAAAAAAUUGUCAAUCUAGAUUACGAGUUCCCGGCAGGAUUCCCGCCGGCAGCGAAGGAUCUAGUGGAGCGGUGCCUGGUUCUAGAUCCAGCAAGGCGGCUUACCAUCGAACACAUCAAGAACCAUGAAUUUUUCGAUGGUCAUCAAUUUGGCAAGGGUCUGUGGAGAAUGAAGGCACCCCGGUUACGUCCAUAUGUGCCGCCAUCGCAAGAGCCUAAGAUUAUUCAACUUAAUGGAACGCCGAGUAGUCAGCAAUCUACCUCUAGACCCCCAACGACAGGAAACGGGUUGAAUGGUCCUUCUCGCGCGCCGGGGAGGAUCAUUACUGAUAUACCUCCACCAUCCCAAUUAGACAUCGAGUGGUCCCCUGUAUUGACAAGGACCAACGAGAGGAUAUUGCGGCUUGGCGACCUUAUGGUCGUGUCGUCACCGAUUCCGAACAGUCCACACGGGAAAGGCGACGAGGGGCAUAGAAAAUUCUCUAGAUUUUUUGGUGGCAGCACCACGAAGAAAAGGCAACGGCUAGUCAUGAUCACAUCUAGUGGGAGGAUCGUCUUAGCGCCUGCUGGGGGUGAAGAGAAAAAGGCGAAGCUGGAGAUCUCCCUCUUGGCGCCAGACUGUUCAUGGAAGACUCAAGUAGAUGCGAAAGGGCAGACAGUGUGGUGUGUUGAUUCGGCUGGUAUUCACUAUACCUUCGAAGAUGUUAAGCCCCCAUCUUCCCUUGAACCACCUCGGCCGACGGCAGAUGACUGGCUCGAGACCCUACAACAAGCCAGAGACUUUGCCGUGUCCCUUAACCUCAGCCGUUCAUAUACUAGCGACAAUGCAUUUGGAGAAAUGUCAUCAUCUAUGUCAAGCCCGGCGAGCACUUUUGGCCCGGAGGGAUACAACAUUAACGAUAGGUCUCAUCGCAACCACCUGAGUAAGAGCCAAGCGAGCUUGGAGGAUACGGCGAAUACGAAACGCAAUCGGUUUAGUAAACGACAAUCCAAGCAAGGAUUAGGCUCGGCUUUCUAGUGGUGGUAGCUAUAUUAACCGCAGCUUGGAAAGUCUUAGAUAUCCAACAUUCUAACAUUACACGACCCAAUCACACAUGACUAGGACCUACCUAGCUUUCCCUUUCUAAGCUUCUUCUUUUUUUCAUAUGCGGCAUGUUCUAGCGCGGCGUAGGCUUUGGUAGCUUUUGGUGAUAUUUGAAAGGGGAACCAAAUUCAUGAAACGAAAACACAUGCAUUCUGGGAGU